AUGAUCACUCAUUAUGAGAAGGCUUCUGACUUGCAAGAUAAGGCUGAGGUCAGUUUUCACCAGAGUAUGGAAUUUGAUGAUGAGACAAUGAAGGAACUUCAGAAUAAAGAAAAGCAGAGUCAACAUUUAUCUGCAGAAUCUGUUCAUUUCAACUCAUUGAAUUCUUCAUCAUCUCUCACCCCCGGAAUACUGACUUUUAAUGAUGAUUCAAAUCAACCUAUCUAUUGCACCGCAGGCAAUCUUAUGAAUCUUAUACAGAUGAUGCUACAGAACCAGAUAACUGCAGCUGAAACUGCUCAACAUCUCACUACAUCUGUCUCUGCACAAAGAGACACUACAAGAGAUGAGUUACAGAAAUAUCAGAAGAAAGUCAAAUAUGCACUAGACAUCAAAUCAGUGACCACAUUUAAUGACUCUAAUUAUAAAGUCUGA